ACCAACAAGGAAAACACACUAAAAUAUUGUCCAAAAUAUAUAUGUGUUGUACAAAUCACUAGGUGACCAAUGUGCAUGGAGGCAAUCCAAAUCUUGUCUUUUUGACUCUGGUUUGAUUUUAUUGGCGUCCAAAUCAGGCUAAGACACGCAUUUCUGGGAGCCAGCUUUCACGGAUAUUGCUCCACCUCACCAUUCACCUUGUCUACUUUUCCUUGGGAUCCAACUAUGAUACGAUUAUUGAAUACUCAAGUGGAUUGAAUAUUCAGGCCUUUGGGCUCAGAAUCUGAUCUGGGUAUCACAGUUCUUGGCCAAUUUGCACUGUUUGUUCCCUUCUUUGCGACCUUUUGUUUGUUGAUCAGGUGCAUGGGUUCUAAUUCUCAUCUGGGUGCUGCAGUUAUUGUAACUUGCAGUAACUGAACAUCUGGUGGUGCUCUGUAUGACUAGAUAAAUCCAUCUAUAUAUGACAAAAGGUGAUGCUAGACAGUAGGUUUUGAUAUCAAUCUGAUUUUGAGGAGAGGAAGAUACCAUCAUUGACAAUUGAGGGAAGAAAACAUGUAUGCUGGAGGAGGCUUCUGCCAUGAAGUGACUGAGUCUUGCACUGCAUCCGCGGAUUUGGAUCCGGCAAGUUCCAGUGCCGAGUUAAGGAGUUCUGCUUACAGAAAAGCUGCCUCUGGUUUAGGUGGAAAUCCUGGAAGGUCAUCAAACAAUGAUGUGCAUGAGCUACUUGAGUGCCCUGUUUGCAUGAAUCUAAUGUACCCUCCAAUAUACCAGUGUCCAAAUGGCCACACUCUAUGUUCAAACUGCAAGGCUAGAGUGCACAACUUUUGCCCCACAUGCCGCCAUGAGCUUGGAAAUAUAAGGUGCUUGGCUUUAGAGAAAGUAGCAGAGUCACUAGAGCUCCCAUGCAGGUACCAAGUAUUGGGUUGUCACGAUAUAUUCCCAUAUUACAGCAAGCUCAAACAUGAGAAACACUGUAAAUAUCGUCCCUACAACUGCCCUUAUGCUGGAGCUGAUUGUUCGGUCACUGGUGAUGUCCCACUCCUUGUCAUGCAUCUCAAGAAGGAUCACAAGGUUGAUAUGCAAGAUGGAUGUACUUUCAGCCACAGAUAUGUGAAAUCCAAUCCUCAAGAAGUUGGAAAUGCUAUAUGGAUGUUAACUGUCUUCAACUGCUUUGGCCGUCAGUUCUGCUUGCACUUUGAGGCAUUCCAUCUUGAAACGGCGCCCGUUUACAUGGCCUUCCUGCGAUUCAUGGGUGAUGAAGAUGAGGCCAAGCAAUUUAGUUACAGUCUGGAAGUUGGCGGAAAUGGCAGGAAACUUACAUGGCAAGGUAUACCAAGGAGUAUCAGGGAUAGCCAUAAAAAGGUAAGGGAUAGUCAAGAUGGAUUAAUUAUUCAGAGAAAUCUGGCACUCUUCUUUUCUGGCAGCAAUAGGCAGGAGUUGAAGCUGAAAGUUGCUGGUCGUAUAUGGAAAGAGCAAUGAGAUAUUAUAAUAACUACUUUAAAAGGCUGAAUAGAUAAAUUCAUUUAUUACACUGUAAAUGGGUAGAUUCUGUGUUUCUUGUUAAAUUGAGAUCAAUUAUCAUUAAUUUGCAAUCUAGGAAGACAAGGCAUCUUUCCUUGUGA